AUGGUUUUGUAUCUAAUUGGAACUGGAUUAAAUGAUGAGAGAGAUAUGACUCUGGGAGGCAUAGAGCUUAUGAAAACUGCCGACAAGGUAUAUUUGGAAUCAUAUACUUCAAUUUUAUCUCAAAGGGCAGACUUGAUGAAAUUUACGAAUGGAAAACCUCUGAUAGAAGCAGAUCGUAAAAUGAUAGAAGAAAAUUGCGAUAAUAUGAUUGAAGAAGCUAGGGACAAAUCUGUAGUGCUAUUAGUAGUAGGCGAUCCUUUUUGUGCAACAACCCAUUCUGAUCUAGUUUUAAGGGCUCACGAAAAAAAUGUCAAAGUUGAGGUAAUACACAAUGCAAGUAUUAUAUCUGCUAUAGGGUGCACUGGACUACAAGUUUACCGUUUUGGUGAAGUGGUUUCAAUUCCAUUUUUUGAUGAAAAUUGGCAACCUUCAAGUUUCUAUGAAAAAAUCAAGGCUAACAUAGAGAGAGGACUACAUACUCUAUGUCUUCUUGAUAUAAAAGUUAAGGAGCAAACGAUUGAAAAUAUGAUGAGGAAUCGACCUAUUUUUGAACCUCCUAGGUUCAUGACAAUUAAUCAAGCCAUUUCUCAAUUAUUUAUUUUAGAGGAUAAACUUAAACAAAAUGUUAUAUCGCCUAAAUCAAUAGCAAUAGGAGUAGCUAGAAUUGGCUCAAGCGACCAGAAAAUCGUUUCAGGUACACUUAGUGAGCUUUCUGAUACUGAUUUCGGAAAUCCAUUACAUUCACUAGUAAUUUGUCAUCCAGAUUUGCAUUUAAUAGAACAACGUUUCUUUGAAAUAUAUAGGAAAAAAUAG